AUGGGACUCAAUAACCCGCUUCCAAGGUCUUUGACAGCGGAAACAAAAAAGGCAGCGAAGGUGCUCGCCUCGUUCGUGAAGCCGGACCAGAUGCUAGGUGCGGAUGAGGUCAUUCCACCGCACGUGCUCAAGAACGCCAAGGGCCUAGCGAUCAUCACGGUGCUCAAGGCCGGGUUUUUGUUCAGCGGCCGGGCCGGUUCGGGGGUCAUCGUGGCGCGGCUCGCGGACGGACGGUGGUCGUCGCCGUCGGCAAUUGCAUUGGCGGGGGCCGGGGCCGGGGGGAUGGUCGGGGUAGAGCUUACGGACUUUGUGUUCAUCUUGAACACGGCGGACGCGGUCAAAUCAUUUUCACACGCGGGGUCGAUCACCUUGGGCGGCAACAUAUCCGUGGCGGCUGGACCGCUCGGGCGGAAUGCGGAGGCAGCGGCCACAGCCUCGCUCGGUAGCGUGGCGGCGGUGUUUUCGUACUCCAAGACGAAGGGCUUGUUUGCAGGCGUGACGUUGGAGGGCUCGGUGAUCAUCGAGCGGCGGGAGGCGAACCGGAAGUUCUAUGGGAGCAACUGCACGGCCAAGGCGAUCCUCAGCGGAUCGGUGAGCCCGCCGCCCGGGGUGGACCCCUUGUUCCGUGUGUUGAGGUCGCGGGCGUUCAACCACACGAGCAGCCGCUCGGGGACAGAGGAGCCGUACUUCCGCGACGACGACUACUACGGGGACAUCCCGUCGAACCUAGACUCGGAGGGCAACAGCCGCCGCAAUAGCUGGCGCAAUUCGUUCAGAAGGAGCCGGCACGGGGUCGAGGGGUACCACGACGACGUGGGCGGCUACGACGGCUGCUCGGACGACGACAACGUGAGCGACUACUACACAAACCGCAGACGGGGGGAUGGGUCUGCGCUGAGCAACUCGACGCUCAGCGGCAAUCUGCGCUCGUCUACCAAGUGGGAAGACGACGAAUAUGACCAGGGCAUCGUAAAUACCUCCGGCAAGCCCGAGCAAAACAGCCAGCGCCGCGCACCGGCGCGUCCAACAUCCGCGAAGCCCGACUUUGGCUCGCAUUCAACGAGCUCGGGGGCGAUCCCGAAGGCGGUUGCCUUAUAUACGUUCAAGGGAGAACAGAAGGGCGACUUGCCUUUCAGGAAAGGUGAUGUUAUUAUGAUCCUCAAGCGCACAGAGUCCCAGGACGACUGGUGGACGGGUAGGAUUAAUGGCCAGGAAGGAAUAUUCCCAGCCAAUUAUGUAGAUCUAGUAUAA